AUGAAACCCGGCAAGGCUCCUAGCUGGGAAAACUUGAGCCUGAUCUCACUCACCUCAUGCGUGGGCAAAGUGAUCGAACAUGCGUUCCUCAAUCGAGUAAACGCCCAGCUCGAACUGACGGGUGUCUACCCGGACACCAUCAUCGGUUGUCAGGCUCAACUCUGGACAUUGGAAGCCCUGCUCCAGCUACAAUACCAGAUUCUGGACGACAAGUCCCGUAACACCAAAGCUAUCCUCGGCCUCGACCUAGAGAGCGCAUUCGACAGGGUCGCCCAUUCGGCGGUCCGGGCCCAAAUCUCUCAUCUGAACCUCGGCGAAAGAGCCUGCAACUGCGUCAGAUACUUUCUCUCCAACGGAAAGGCGCUGCUCGUUGCGGGAGACGUGAAGUUUGAAGAGCAAACGCUGGAAAGCACCGACGAGAACGUCCAGCGCACGAUCUACGCCGACGAAAUCACGAUCUGGGUCAACCGUGGCAGAGACGGCCAGAUCGAAUCGUCGUUGCAGCAAGCGAUAGACGUCGUGGAAGAACGCCUGAGAAAUACGGCGCUCCGAUGCUCGCCCAAGAAGUCGGAGCUCCUGCUGUGCCGCCCCACCUGGAAGGCACGACCACCCAACAGAUCCAAGCGAGAGAGAGAAUACGAAGCAAGAAGUCGGCACACGAGGGACGGCUGA